CGACCCUCCCCUAAUAAAACGCCCCAGCCCCAGUUGAUCUGCCACCCUUUCCAAACAUGACCGUUGGACGCUGUCCCCUUCCUUCCUGAGAUCCCAAAUACCCCACCGCCGCGCUCGCGCACUUCGCACCCAAGAAUCCUCGCGCUCGCGCACUAGGCAUUUCGACCGUUGCCGACCCCCCCCCCCCCUCCCCGGCCUUCGCGCACGCGCACCCGCGACCAUCUCCCCGCGCAGCGAGCGCGAGCGCGAGCCGGAGCGUAUGGCUUGCGCCGCCGCGAUGGCGAUCGGCCUGGCGCCCACGCCGGCGGCUGUUGAGGCGAAGGAGGUUGGAGGUGAGGAGGAGGUGGUGGAGGUGGAGGUAGGAGGGUGCGGCGGAGGGGCCGUGGUGGUGGCCGCGGCGGACGCGGAGGCGGAGGGGCACCCCUACGACUUCCACGUGUCCGGGCCGCGCAACCUGCCGCCGCCCAACUGGAGGGAGAUCAUCAGAUCGAGCUGGAAGGAUCCAAAUUACAAAAGGAUGGUAAUGGCCUGCUUCAUUCAAGCAGUCUACCUGCUUGAACUUGACAGGCAGGACCAGAAAGGCGAGGAGGAUGGCCUUGCUCCAAAAUGGUGUAAGCCCUUCAAGUACAAGGUCACGCAGACAUUGGUGGAUGAGAGAGACGGCUCCAUCUAUGGCGCCAUGCUUGAGUGGGAUCGUUCUUCUGCAUUGUCUGAUUUCAUCCUCAUAAGACCAAGCGGCGCACCCAGGGCUGUGUUAGCUCUCAGAGGAACACUGCUGCAGAAGCCAACCAUGAAGAGAGAUCUGCAGGAUGAUCUUCGUUUCUUGAUAUGGGAGAGCCUAAAAGGUUCCGUUAGAUUCGUUGGUGCUUUAGAAUCACUGAAGGCAGCAGUUGACAGAUUUGGGAGCGCCAAUGUUUGUGUUGCUGGUCACUCCCUGGGAGCUGGCUUUGCCUUACAAGUCUGCAAAGGGCUCGCCAAGCAAGGAGUCUUUGUGGAGUGUCAUCUGUUUAAUCCACCUUCUUUUUCACUGGCCAUGGGUGUAAGAAGCAUGAGUGAGAAGGCCAGCUACCUGUGGAACAAAGUCAAAGCAAGUCUGCCAUUGAAGGAAGAAGCAACGACAACGCUUGAGAGCACUAAGGAGGAAGCGAGUGACAAGAAGAGGUUGCGCACCGAGAAGAAAUGGGUGCCACAUUUAUAUGUAAACAACAGUGAUUAUAUCUGCUGCAAUUACAACGCUCCUUCUUGCUCUUCCACAGCAGCCGAUGGUGUUUCCGAUGUACAGCAGCAACAACGCAAGGCAAGUGAGAUUGCUGGUGAUGUGGUUGCAAAGCUCUUUGUGACAUCAAAAGGCCCACAGAAGUUUCUUGAGGCGCAUGGGCUACAGCAAUGGUGGUCGGAUGGCAUGGAGCUGCAGCUGGCUCUCUAUGACAGCAAGCUCAUAAACAGGCAGCUGAAAUCCAUCUACACGACAACUGCAGUGUCAUCUCCUGCAAAGUCGUAGAGUGGUGGGAAUCGAUGUUUCUCAAGAAGGGUCGUUAGAAAUGCUCUUUCUAAUCAGUUUGUGCAUCUAUCAACUGAGAAUAUAAUCAAAUAAUUUGUUUAAAGGGAUCUUUAAGAACAAUAUCGACAAAUAAAGAUAUUACUUACUAUUUUUCAACUGAAAUGUUGUUACUAGUGUAGCUCAUCGCUGUCAGAUUUGGCUCAAGCUUUCACAAG